GCGCACAUUACGCGUUGCGCAAACCAUGUACCACCUGUUCAAGUCGAUAUACCUGCAUGCGACGAGCAAAGAAGAGUACUCUGUCCUCCUCCUCGGCCUGGACAAUGCGGGAAAGACGACGCUUCUCGAGCAGAUAAAAGGCGCAUACACGGCCUCGAAUGCCAAUCUCAGAACAGUGCCUACGGUUGGCCAGAAUGUCGCUACCAUCGCCCUUCCGCCGCCAAACCCGCCCAUCUACCUCAAGAUAUGGGACGUCGGCGGCCAGCAUAGCUUGCGCGGACUCUGGCAAUCGUACUACAGCAGUUGCCACGCCAUAGUCUUUGUCAUAGACAGCACCGACGUGGGCAAUGCCACGCUCGCAGACAUGAGCGCGAACAAUGCGGCGAGCAACGAGGACAUUGGGCGCCUGGAUGAGUGCAAGCUCGUGCUGGAGAGUGUGCUGGCCAACGAAGACGCAAGCGGCGUGCCCAUUCUGAUACUGGCGAACAAGCAAGACCGCGAAGACUGCGUCGAGGUCGUCAGGAUCAAGGAGGGCUUUGUGCGCAGAGUGUUUGAAGGCGAAAAGGGAGGCAAUGUCAGAGACAGCAGAGUCCUGCCUUGCAGCGCGCUCACAGGGACCGGUGUCCAAGAGGCGGUAGAGUGGUUAUGCAGCCGCAUGGCUUUCAACAAAGAAGCGCGACCCCCCGUUAUGCGGUAGUCUUU